CAUGACGCUGGUCUGUCGUCUGCCUGUCAUUCAGCAAAUCUUUCUGCUUUUAUUGGUUGUAGUUUGUACUCUUUAUUCUGGAGCGUCAGCUGUUUCAUCACAGAAACGCAAUUACAAAAGAGGAUUUGAAAGAGAGGAACCUCUUUACGCUGUACUCAAACACACAAGAAGUGUAUCAGAUGUGGGCACUGGUGCUAAGUCGAGUCGUCGAGGAAUGUGCGAAAAAGCAAACUUGACUACCAGAAACGUCAGGAGUCUUCUCUUACUUGUCAAAAACGCCAGAGUGAAGUCUAAGCGUCGAGUAAAAUCGGUCGAAUCUUUUAGGUCUAUUUGGGAAAGUCCAGAGAUGGUCUUAAAAUCUGUUCAAACGUCCGUUCAGAAGUUGAAACAAAUACUAAAUAGCGUAGAGCGUCAUCAAGAGUCAGAACCGCUACAGACGAUCAGUAGCCAAUUUCGAACAUGGCACAAAGCUUUCCUAGAGGUCGUCCAGCGUUUGAGAAAUGUGGACACUCGAUCUGCUGAUCGAUGGCUUCAGAGAGUUGGUCUAAACUUUAGCAAUCACAUUGAGGCCUACGACAAGAUAAAAAUGGGAAUUUGCAACUUCAGCAACGAAGACGGAGAGACCAGAGAUCCCAAAGCACUCACAACUGUCACCAAUUGGUUCAAACUCCAAAUGCUCGAGUUGGAGAACAAUUGGAAAAUAGACGAAGAACUGUUGAGUAAUGUAUCGAAAGGAGCUCUAAAUCUGAACAGUGUCACUCACAGAAUCGCAAAAACCAAUGCGAAGCUAAGUAAUUUUAGAAACCAGCUGGAAGUGACCAAAGUCGUCAACCGAUGGUUCCGCAAGAUGAAGUAUCUGCUCAACAGGCAUUCUUCCCACUCCAAAAAGCUCUACCAGAUUAUCGCCACCAAUCUUAGAGGCAACUGGGUAUAUGCAUUAGAAAAGUCGGCAUACGGCAGUUUUCUCUCCAACUUGACAGCCAAUGAAAGACGAAAGCUGGAGACCAUCAUUCAACAGCUCCGGCGAUCGGUUGAAACCUUGGAGAGAGCAACAGAAGAUCUACAGACGUCUAUUGACGGUUCGGACCGAGGCUCGCUGUCGGAUAACGAGAACGGAACCAGAACAGCCCAAGCGCCGUCUACUCUGCAGCUGCUAGACGAGCUGAUCGACGACCUUACGCGUUCUCUCCGCGAAUUCGCGAUGAAAGCCAAGCCGAUCGUGAACGCCGAAUCGUUGAGCAAUCGUUUGUUGACUAUACUAUAUGAAGCAAUGGACUAAUAAACAGUGAAACUCUAGACAUGAGCUAGUGGUCUGUAGCUACUUACUACGACGUGUCAGGCACAUGCACAUACUAAUACCUAACAAGGUCUAGUUUGAUGAAUCAUAAACACACUGAGACCAACCAGUGAUCAUGUAACAAAUUCAGACCUCACAGAUUCACAUCCGAAUGCUUCCAUAACCAUAUGUAGAGUGUGUGCGCAUGCCAGCAACGCAAAUGACCUUUGAAUUCAAUCUGUUUGCGCCGCUUGUGUAAGCAGGCUCUGGUUCAUCAAUUUGUUUCUUGUUUUGAGAAGAGAAGCGGAAUGGUGCGGAAGCCAUUACUGUGAAGGGUCUCAAAGACCACCGACGAGACGACUCUCUAGAAGAUUCGAUCAACAGUCCAUUAGAGGAGCUGCAUCGACCUCACAGGUAUAGCGGCGUCUAGAUUUCUUCAUCUC